AUGUCAUCAUUCCUCUCGGUUCUCUUGGUACUUGGGCUUCAUGCUCCAGUCCACUGUGCACCACCUGAAGGCAAAGUAACUACCUGCCAUUCAUCCCAACAAAAUGCCACUCUCUAUACAAUGUCAUCCAUUAAUGCUGACUUUGCAUUCGACCUGUACUGGAGGUUCCUUUUGACCCCAGAUAAGAACAUCUUCUUUUCUCUUGUGAGCAUUUCUGCAGCUUUGGCUAUGCUUUCUUUUUGGUCCUGCUCCAACACCCAAACUGAGAUUAUGGAAACCUUGGGAUUCAACCUCACAACAGACACUCCAAUGUUAGAGAUCCAGCAGGGCUUCCAGAAAUUGAUCUGUUCACUGAAUUUUCCAAAGAAACAAUUGGAAUUGCAGGUAGGAAAUGUCCUCUUCAUUGGGAAGCAUCUGGAACCACUGGCAAAGAUCUUGGAUGUUGUCAAGGAACUUUAUGAGACUGAAGUCUUUUCUACCGACUUCUCCAAUGUUUCUGCAGCCACGCAGGAGAUUAACAGUCAUGUGGAGAUGCAAACCAAAGGGAAUGUUGUGGGUCUAAUUCAAGACCUAAAACCAAAUGCUAUCAUGAUCUUAGUGAACUAUAUUCAUUUUAAAGUCCAGUGGGCAAAUCCUUUUGAUCCAUCCAAGACAGAAGACAGUUCCAGCUUCUUAAUAGACAAGACCACCACUGUGGUAGUGCCCAUGAUGUACUAGAUGGAACAAUACUAUCACCUAGUGGAUAUGGAAUUGAACUGCACAGUGCUGCAAAUGGACUACAAGAGGAAUGCUCUGGUACUCUUUGUUCUUCCCAAGGAGGGACAGAUGGAGUCAGUGGAAGUGACCAUGUCAUCUAAAACACUGAAGAAGUGGAACCACUUACUGCAGAAGGGGGUCUUAGAGGAUGUGUGGGCUGACUAGUUUGUUCCAAAGUUUUCCAUUUCUGCCACAUAUGAUCUUGGAGCCACACUUUUGAAGAUGGGCAUUCAGCAUGCCUAUGCUGAAAAUGCUGAGUUUUCUGGACUUACAGAGGACAAUGGUCUGAAAUGUUCCAAUUUAAGUUGAUAAACUAGAGCUGCCCAUAAGGCUGUGCUGCACAUUGGUGAAAAGGAAACUGAAGUUGCAGCUGUCCCUGAAGUUGAACUUUAGGAUCAGCCUGAAAACACUCUCUGACACCCUAUUAUCCAACUUUAUAGAUAUUUCAUGUUGUUGAUUUUGGAGAGAAGCACCAGGAGUAAUCUCUUUGUAGGGAAAGUUGUGAACCCAGCGGAAGUAUAGUUGGGAAAGAGGCCAUUGGCUAAUUGCAUGUAUGUAUUGCAAUGGGAAAUAAAUAACUAAUAUAGCCUGGUGUGAUUGAUGUGAGCUUGGACUUGCAUUCCCUUGGGAUGGGA